UUAUUUGUUCUAAAGGGUCUUAAGUUAACCAUUUUACUCACUCUUUCUCUAGAGCAAAAGCAGCAAUGGCGUCUCGAUCACAUCUCUUCAAUCUCCAAAGGAAAUUGAGAAUCAGCGGUGGAAUUGGGAAUUGGAAAUUAAAUCGUCAAUUAUUCUCUUCAGGUGCAUUGAAAAGUGCGGAAUUAGAAGAGGAUUGGAAUUCUAAAGAAAAUGGAGAUGAUUUGAAAACUAAAAUUUUUAGGCUCAGACUUCCAAAAAGAAGUGCUACUAAUAUUAUUCAGAACUGGGUUAGUGAAGGCAAUUCUGUUACUGUUUCUGAGCUCAGAAAUAUUUCUAAAGAGCUUAGGAAGUUACAGCGGUAUAAACAUGCACUUGAGAUUUCAGAGUGGAUGGUUGCUAAUCAAAAUUUUGAGUUAUUGGACACCGACUAUGCAACCCGUAUUGACUUGAUGACAAAGGUUUUUGGUAUUGAUUCUGCGGAACGCUACUUUGAAGGUCUGCCUAUAACAGCAAAAACUAGUGAAACAUAUACUGCUCUCCUCCAUUCUUAUGCUGGGUUGAAACUGCAUGAAAAGGCUGAAGAGCUUUAUGAGAGAAUUAAGGAAUCAAACCUGUCUUUCACCGCUGUCACAUACAAUGAGAUGAUGACUUUAUAUAUGUCAAUCGGGCAGGUAGAGAAGGUCUCAUCAGUCGUUGAAGAACUGAAACGUCAGAAUGUUGCCCCCGACAUCUUCACUUACAAUCUAUGGAUAAGCUCAUGUGCUGCUACCCUAAAUAUGGAUCGAGUUACAGAGAUUUUAAAUGAGAUGAAGCACGACUCUGGUUGUAAUGAGGACUGGCUUAGAUACAUUGACAUAGCCAACAUAUAUGUGAAAGCAAGUCGUCUUGUGAAUGCAGAGUCGAGUUCGGUAAUUGAAGCACAGAAAAGUAUCACUCAAAGAGAAUGGAUAACAUAUGACUUCCUUAUGAUGCUGUAUGCAGGUGUAAGGAACAACGAUAAAGUCGAUCAAAUAUGGAAAUCGUUGAGAAUGACUAAACAAAAAAUGACGAAUAGAAACUUUAUUUCCAUUCUUUCUUCAUACAUGAUGCUCGGAAAAUUGAAAGAAGCUGGAGAGGUUCUUGAUCAGUGGAAACAAUCUACUACCACAGACUUCGAUAUUGCUGCAUGUAACCGGCUUUUGGAUGCUUUGGCAAGCGCUGGAUUUACUGAAACCGCGAACAGCUAUCAUAUGCUUCUGAUCGAAAGGGAUUGUGACCCCACCAACCCAACAAACUAAUUCUUUCUUUGAUCAGGGUGAAAUAUUUUUUUGAUUUGUGUUCGUACAUUUCGAAAGAGAGUAUGUACAAGUGCAGCUCCGCAACGAAUGCAAGACGGACAUGCUGAUUACCACAGUUUGGUAUCACUACUUUACUCUCUCCUAUCCGUUUCAUUCCAUAAAUUCUGUGUGCAAUUCAUCACUGCACAUGCUCAAGUCAUCACUGCACAUGCUCAAGUCAUCAAUGCAAGCUUUUGAUGUUUAGGAAAUUUUAUGUAAUUUCUGAUGGAGAGCUAAAGAAUGAGAAUAAAUGCAGUGGAUGGUUUAUUACUUUAUUCAGAUAUACUUUCUUUCAUACUUCA